GAACCUUGUCCUAGUUUCGUAAAUGUUCAAAGUUGAUCGUUAUUUAUAAUUUUUGUUCAAAUUUUAAUUAUUGUAGAGCACAGAAACAAUCUGUAAGACCAUUUUGUUAUACUUAUAAAAAUUUCUGACAAUUCGAACGUUAACUUCGAAAAUGUUACGAAUUGCAAAUUACAUUACUCUAAAACCCAAAAAUUUUGUCAAAAUCUUUGAUUCGAAUAUCAGAUGUUUAGCAACACAGGCUGCUGUAAAAAAUACAGUAGAAGAAAAAAUUAAAAAAAGUGCAGCUCCAAAGGAAACUCAGUCCUUUGUUAUGAAUCUUUUCCGUGGACAAUUGCAAACCAGUCAAGUAUUUCCUUUUCCAGAAGUUUUAAAUGAAGAUCAAAUUGAUACAUUAAAAUUGAUGAUUGAUCCUAUGGAAAAAUUCUUUGAGGAAGUAAAUGAUCCAAUGAAAAAUGAUGAUAAUGCGUCAAUAGAUGAAAAAACUAUGGCAACUAUGUGGGAACUUGGAGUAUUUGGUCUUCAAGUUCCACAACAAUAUGGUGGAAUGGGAUUAAGUAAUACCCAGUAUGGUAGAUGUGUUGAAAUUUGUGGAUAUCAUGAUUUAGGUAUUGGUAUCACUUUAGGUGCACAUCAAAGUAUAGGAUUUAAGGGUAUACUUUUAUUUGGUACACCAGAACAAAAAGAGAAAUAUCUUCCAAGAGUUUGCAGUGGAGAUUGUGCAGCAUUUUGUCUUACAGAACCAAGUUGUGGUUCAGAUGCAAGUUCAAUUCGUUCUCGUGCAGUCAAAUCAAUAGAUGGAUCACAUUAUGUUUUAAAUGGUAGUAAAAUUUGGAUAUCAAAUGGUGGUUUAGCAGAAAUCAUGACAGUUUUUGCACAAGUCCCUACAAAAGAUCUAGCAACAGGUGAAACAAAGGACAAGGUUACUGCAUUUAUUGUAGAGAGAUCUUUUGGUGGUGUAACAAGUGGGCCACCAGAAAAAAAAAUGGGUAUUAAGUGCAGUAAUACAACAGAAAUAUAUUUUGAAGAUGUUAAAAUACCAGCAGAAAAUGUUUUACAUACAGAGGGACAAGGUUUCAAGGUUGCAAUGAGUAUUUUAAAUAAUGGCCGAUUUGGUAUGGCAGCUGCUCUUUCUGGUAGUAUGCGUUAUUGUAUCAAAAAAGCGGUUGAACAUGCAAUACAACGUGUACAGUUUGGUCGUACGAUAGAUAAUUAUGGAAGUAUUCAAGAAAAAUUAGGUCGUAUGGCAAUGUUACAAUAUGUAACAGAAACCCUUGCAUAUACAAUUUCUGGUAAUAUGGAUAAUGGAAGUCAAGAUUACCAUUUGGAAGCUGCAAUUUCCAAAUGUUUUGCGUCAGAAUCUGCAUGGUGGGUCUGUGACGAAGCUAUUCAAAUUCUAGGCGGAAUGGGAUAUAUGAAAGAAGCAAACCUUGAACGAGUUAUGCGAGAUUUACGUAUCUUUAGGAUUUUUGAAGGAACUAACGAUAUUCUCCGUCUCUUUGUCGCACUCACUGGAAUUCAGUAUGCAGGAAGUCAUUUAAAAGAAUUACAAAGAGCAUUUAAAAAUCCUACUGCUAAUUUAGGAUUGAUCUUUGAGGAAGCAACAAAAAGAGCAACGCGAGCAAUUGGACUAGCAUCAACGCCUAAUUUUACUCACUUAGUUCAUCCUAGUUUACAAGAAAGCGCAACAUUUUGUGCCAAGGGCCUAGAAGCUUUUGGUCAGGCUAUAGAGUCCGCCCUAAUCAGAUAUGGACGAGACAUUGUGGAUCAGCAAUUUGUUCUUAAUAGAAUAGCUCAAGCAGCAUUUGACUUGUAUACUAUGUCUGUUGUAAUAAGCAGGUCAACUACAUCUGCAAACAAAAACCUUCCAAGUACGGAACACGAACUUCUUAUGACUCAAACUUGGUGUUCUGAAGUAACCAGCCGUGUGAGUUAUAACUUAAAAUCAGUUUCUUCUGAUAAACACUUAAAUGUGUUUAAUAACUUAAGCAAAAUUUCAAGAAAUGUGUGCGGCGUUGGUGGAUGUGUUCAGUUAAACCCACUCGGUUUUUAA